AUGGCGUCUGCGUUACCCACCUCACUCAAGAAAAAGUCCGGACAAGGCAAUGAUUUGAACAUUGACGACUUUCUCAGCCUCUUGCCCUCUUUUGGCAAAGCUCGUGCCCCAGAUCCAGACCAGGGCGAUGACGCCGGGACCGCCAGCCGACGUCUCAGCCGCUCCAACAGCAUGCGGUCUGGCGCUGGCUCUCCCGUGCGGAAAACUCCCAGCGGCUGUAUUACCUACACCGUUCAGGCCAACGAUACCUUGCGCGGCGUCGCCGUCCGUUUUGGCAUGGCACCCGGGGAAGUUCUUCUCCUCAAUAAGCUCAGCGGCUCUUACGUCUAUCCCGGUCAAACCUUGUUUGUCAAAGACCCAGAAAGCCAGGAGGCUGUCAACUACAUCCCCGCCACUGCUCCUGACAAACGCGUUUCACCUCGCAGCUCAACUGCCGAUUAUGUCCAGAGUCGGCUUCGGCAGCCUUCCAUGUCACGGGUUGCACGCCGCUUUGCCGGUCCCAAGAUCGACCCUACCCUCGUCUCUAUCACCCCCAUGCCCCAAAACUACCUCGCUGACCUCACCCUAACCCCGAUUGAGUACUUUCGCGAAGACGCCGUGCGCCUGCACUGCAUGUACUUUACGGACGGGGAAGGGAUUAUUGCCGGUACUCUCUCCAUGGAUACGCACCUCGUCACCUUUCUCCCCGAUGUCAGCGACCUCGUCCGAGAGCUGGGGGCUCAGCGUUUUUCCUUCCAACUCAGUAUGUAUUCCCCCUUGUUCCGAGGCGAAGCGCUCCGCACCCGGAUUUCCUCUGCCUACUCACCGGUUUCUUUGCGCACCACCGCCUUGGCCUAUCCCAAUGGAUCACUUCGCCACAUGGCUACGUCGCAUGUGUCAUUAGACACGGAAGACUUGUUAUUACCGCGCUCACAGACGGCUGCGCCCGAGUUUCGUCCCCAUCAUUUGGACCCUGCCGGGCGCCACCAUGCCCACUUGCAGGAAGACUUGCGACGCACGAUUCGAUUGCUGGGUGAAGAUUCUCCCUACGUUAUCCAAGCAAAGGCAACCCUUGGCGACCCAGAAACCGAUGGCGGCAACUUGACAGAGGACGAACCAGACGAUUCAGAAGAUGGUCAGGACACUGAGGACACAGCAAACCCAGACGAGGCCCUGGCCAGACUAGACGCCGCCCAAGAAAAGCAUGAGCAAGCGAUGACUGCCGCUGCCAACGUCUCGCUCACAGCAGUCAGCGAUCAAACUGAAGUAGCCAGUGUGGUCACGCCUUCCAAGGCUGAUUCAACAUCGGACAGCCUAGCCACGCCCGCGACCCCAGCUUCCGCUCUUGAAGCAAGCGCCGAACAGGCUUUGCCGGAGCCGGCGCCUCACGGUGACGCUGCGGCAUCAGCUGAGGCUACCGCGUCUGGAGGCGACGCCGCAACCGCCGCCUCAGCCUCCGCUACUGCUGAGGCCAUCGUGGAGGCGGCGGCCUCGGGCCAAGACACAGAGACAAGCGCUGUCGCCGGUGAAACUGCAAAGGCGGCCAAUGUCACCGCCAUGCUCAAAACACCCGCCGCUCGGCCGACUCGCCGGCGGUUGCGCUCCAACGAGGACGAGGACUACCCUCUCUACAUCUGCCUUCGUCAGCAACUCGUCUUUGGUGAGCCCCCAACUGCCGGAACCGUUGCUCAAUAUUGGCUUGGCGUGAGCCGGGGUCGCCUUGAACCUGCCUUCCAGUAUCUUGAGCAUACCACCAAGGUUGCCGUGGCCCACAACAACUCUUGGGAGGUGGUCGAACACGAGGAAAUGGCCCCAACGGAACAGCAGCGCCUUAAUAUGAUGCUCAGUGUGCCGAAGAUCAAGUCCAAGUUCUUGACCCCCGACAUGGUUGAGGCCGUCGCCCAGCAUUUGCCCAGCUGGCAGCGCCUGUUGGACUGGAAAAUGAUUUAUUCUACCUAUCGCGAUGGCAUCAGCCUGGGAACUUUGUAUAAGAACGCCGAUCAACACCCCGGGGCCUCGCUUUUGUUUGUGCGAGACACAGCUGGUCACAUUUUUGGCGCGUAUACCCCCGACACGUGGCACCCCAGUGAAAACAAGUUUUACGGCUCAGGCAAGGCGUUUGUCUUCAAGCUGAAGCCGACCAUUGAGAUGUAUAAAUGGACGGGUGCCAAUCGUUAUAUCAUGAUGGGUGCUCAUGAUAACAUUGUUGUGGGUGGUGGCGGCGGCACCUUUGCUAUCUGGAUUGACGGCGACUUCAACCGUGGCAGCUCACAGACCUGCACUGCGUUCAACAAUCCGCCCCUGGCUAGCGGCGAGCAGUUUGAGGUGCACGACGUUGAGGUCUGGGCCUUCAACUCCAUGUAAAUUGCCUCUUGGCUGAGUCCUUUUUUGGCAAUAUCGCUCAAUGAAUCAUCUCAUUGCAAGCCUGAUGCUUGCUCCAUUUCCUGCCCUGGCGGCGUCCCUGUAUAUUCUGAAGCUGUUGUUCGAAGUGUUGACACCCUGAUAUCGUGAUGUGUGAGUCAAGUACAACAACUCUUUCGUUCUGCUUUUUUUUUGUAAUAAAUUUAUGUCGGAUAUCGUCC